ACUCUACGUGGAGUCCGUAUGCUGCCGCAGAAUUAGCAAAUCGUCGCAUGGCAGAGACAUCAUCGCCAUCGUCCAUGGUAGUCAUUUAGUUUAAAACAUUCCACUUAACUUAAAAGAUCACGCAACGAAGGCGGCAGACAAAACUUUAAAAACAAAAGCCAACCAUCGUGAAAAAACUCCUCUACAAAAGUGAUCAAAUAAUUUUAAUAAAAAUUUUAUCUUUCUUUCUUAAUUCCAAUACUAAGAGAAUGAGAGAGCUUUACUCUUUCUUAUUUUGAAAUGAAGAAUUUUAUCUAAAAUUCCUUGUCAAAUCAGAAUCUUUUUUUUCUCGUUACCGAAAAUAAUGAGCCUUAAUGGGCAACUUGAAUGUAAAGAAAAACCAACAACAAAGGCAACGGGGAACAAUGAUUGUUUCAACCCCUACUGUGAGUGGAUUCUUGAAAUGAUGUGAGAGUAUCUCUGAGAUUGUCCCUCUGUCAGCGUUUAUAUGCGGAUGUGUGUGUGUGUGUGUGACCACAUUUGAGUGUUUAAGAGAGGCAGAUGGUUGUGAAAACAUCCCAUUUAUAAAUGAACACACGCAUUUGAGUGUCUAUGGCUGUGACUGUGUCAGUGUCAGUGUAUGUCCUUUUGCUAGUGCUACUACCCUCCUCUCAACAACAGCAUAUGAUGAGUAUGAUGAUGAGUCUCUGGCCAAGCAUCCAACCAACAACCAUUCAUGGCUAAACCCACCACCACCAGCCAACCAUCAUCAUCCAUGCUGGCAUUUUCUGUAUGUUACUCAAAUCGUGGUUGUUUGCAUUGCAUUGCGUUGUGUUUAUUUGUCCAAAGACAUCAACGGAAUCAUCGCUGCUUCCUCAAAACGAACUCAUCAGCUCAGAUACACAGAUAUCAGGACAAAAACAACAACAACACACACGAAAAACACGGCAACACAACUCAUAUCACAUCUUUAGUUUGCUUUGCUCUCGCUGUUACGACCAACCUCUGGCUCUGUGUCCUCAUCAUCACAAACUCGUGCAGUUACACUCGCAAACACACAACGACCGACUUCCGAUAACGUCGCGCGCGCUCUACGCAUCCGUGAAUCUGUGCAGUGGUAGUAAGCACUGCUCCCGAAAUCAGGCAAUCCGUAACCAUAUCUUAGCCAUCCUAGUCAUUGACUUUUACAGCGAAUCGAAUUGCAAGGCGAGAGAUAGCUCAAGCCAAAUCUAGAGAGUGAGAGAGAGGUUCACGAGCCUCAUCCUCACUCAUCAUCAUCAUCGUCGUUGUCGUUGUCGUCGUCGUCAUCAUCACAUCUCUCCCCCAAAAAUAUCAGUUUCAAUGAAUGAAUCUGUUACUGAGUCUAUGCCCAUCAAUGCUGUGUGUUUUGUGUUUAUGUGUGUGUGAUUUUUCGUUGGUUGUGGUUUGUCGGUGGUCUAGUCAUUCAGUUCCGUUUGUGAAUUUGACGUAAGACGUAGGGCGCUCGUCUCUCUCGUCUACAAAGCCAAAACGAAAUAAAAUUAAGCAUACAACUGCAAUCAAUGGUACCGGAAUAAAAGUUAACGGAAAAAAAUUGUUAAGUGAAACCUUAUGCUCGCCGCACACAUAAAUCAUAUUUAAUAACAAGAAAUAAGUAAAACACCAAAGGAUUAAAGAAUGAUGAUCUCAAAUCUAUGAAUGAGCAAAUGAAAAAUUUAAGAGUGUCAAAACAAUAAAACAAAUUCUAAAAUCUAUCAAUUUUACUAACUCUCUGAGAAUUGGAUUAAAGCGGCAAUAUGAUAUUCGAUAGAUAUGCUGUCUCAGGCAGCACUAGUGAAGACUACGAAUUGGGUGCUUUCAAGCAAUUUCCUCACAACUUGGUAUCACCCAAUUCUGGGCAUCCCCUGGCCCUCAAUACACACAACACCGACAUUGGAGGCUAUCAUCAUCAACACCAUCAUCAUCAUCAUCACCAUCAGCAACACAACGGCUAUAGGGGCAGUGAAUCGCCCAAUAGGUCGCUAAGUCUAGAGGCCAAUUCCCUAAAUAAUAGUCCGCCGGGACUUUUGAAUAGCUUGCAUCAUACACCCGCCCACAUGGAACAGCUGUUGAGGACUAAACUUCAAGCCGAGAGUCUGUUGCUGGGCAUGGCUCGCCUGCAAGAACCCAUCUGUGAUUUGGUGACACGUGAGAAUGGCGUCUAUGCCAAACAACAUCUGCGACGUGGCACAAGAUUUGGACCAUUCGCCAUGGGCGAGUCCAUGGACAAAGCGAAUGGCUUGGAUAUCCUCAGCAUGCCCCAUUUCAUCCGCAAUUUACUACAACCCUCGCCAGAAAUUAAGAAUCUAUUAAAGAAAAUUCGCACAGUUUCAUCCGUGGAUAAUGAGAAAGAGGCUAAUUUAGUAAAUUUUUGUACAGAAGGAUGCCUGUGGUAUGAAACAAAUCGUGAUAUAGCAGCUGGUGAAGAAAUCAUAGUAGAUGGCCAGACCCUAACACCCUAUGAUCAUAAUGAUUCGUUAAUAAAUGGAGAGGCUCAUACAGGCUCAUCGAUACACAGCAGUGAGGAUCGCAGUGAAAGAGAUAAUGUUUCAUUCUAUGGCUCCAACAUAACCCAUGACGACGAAUACAAAGACAACAAAGAUAAAUCAUUGGAUAAUCUCGAUCCUGCUCUCAGUGAUGACGAAAACGGAUUCGAUAUUCGCUGUGAAGUAUGCGAUAAGACAUUUCUUGAAUUAGAAAGACUUGAUGAUCACUUAAUUGGAGCCCAUCAUUUUCGCAAAGACGAAUUUUUGUGUGAAUUGUGUUCGAAACGUUUCUGCCAUCGUCCAGUACUGCUGAAACAUAGAGCUUUGGCCCAUAACGAAAUCAGGAAAUAUCCUUGUGAAAAUUGUACUAAGGUAUUUUGUGAUCCAUCGAAUCUACAGCGUCAUAUUCGUGCCCACCACAUUGGUGCCAGAAGUCACGCUUGUCCCGAGUGCGGCAAAACAUUUGCUACUUCAUCAGGCCUGAAGCAACAUACGCACAUACACUCCUCCAUCAAGCCAUUCCAGUGUGAGGUCUGCUUUAAGGCGUACACCCAGUUCUCGAAUCUGUGCCGCCACAAGCGCAUGCACGCCGAUUGCCGCAUGCAAAUCAAGUGCAACAAGUGUGGCCAGAGCUUCAGCACGGUUACCUCGUUGUCCAAGCACAAGCGUUUCUGCGAUUCGACCAACGUGCCACCGCCAGGAGUAGGACUGCCACCCAGCCUGCCGCACACACAUCCGGCCCUACACCAUUCGGCCCAAUCCCAGACAACGGCGCAAGCAAGAAACAACGGCGGCUCAGCCAACGGACCCCCCAACGGAGUAUCACAGUUUCCCAAUAAUAUGGCCACACCGCCCAAUCCCUUCUCGCUAUUCAUGCGCUCCCCCUAUUUCCCGGCAUUUCCACCAGCCAUGGCCUAUGGCCUGCAGGGUAUGUUCCCGCAAGCACCUGCCGUCCAAGCGCCCAGUUUCCCCCUGAUGUUCCCCAAGCCCAAUAUAGACCUAAGGCUGCAGCAACAAAUGCGAUCACCAGUUUCUCAGCAUGCGGCGGCAAAUCACAGCAAAGUAACUGCCCACACAUCCAAGGAGGAUGUGAGUGGCAUGGCCAGUCACGAGGGAUUCGGAUUGCCAUUGCCCAAACGGGAGGAGAGUCCACGCAUGAAAAUGGACCUGAAGAUGGAACGCAACUCCACCGCAGAGCAUUCGCCAACGGCCAGCUGCAAUUCGAAGAAAUUGAAAAAGGAAUUAAAACACUAUAGCUCCGAUGAAGAAUCCAAUUCGGUGGUAGAAUUAAAAACUGAACCCAAAGAGGAGGGAGAUGAGGAAAGUGUCUCCAAAAAUCCCAGCGAAAUAGAUGACGAAGAGGAGGAGAAUGUGUCGCGGCACAAUGAUGAGGAUAAGAAAUCCAUUGAUAUUGUCUCUGUAUCACCUCGCCAUGAGCCCGAAACCAAGACCUCAACUACAGCAGAAUUGCCUUUGGAUUUGAGUGUGUCACGCAAACGCCAAUCAUCGGAAUCCCGUGACAGUCACGAGGAAGAUAGCCACAAAUCAAUGCCUCAGCAAAAUAGUCAAUCAAGUCCUAGAGCGCAAAGUCCCAUUGCCAUUAACGGAGAACUAAGCAAUGCCGAAAGCUAUGAGCCACCCAAGAAAAAAAAUUCUUUCCAGUCAAGUUUCAACAACAGCAUCAGCAGAACACCCACAGCAUCGCCAGGACCCACGCCAUCACCCUCACCACCCAGCAAUGGGGGCAACACAAGCGGCACCAGCGAACAUGGUCCAACACCAGCCAUGCCACCCACUUGCCCCAGACCCAUACAUCCCAUGCUCUUGGAUGAACUCUAUCGCACACACGCAUUGGAAUCGGCUUUUCAACGUCCGUUCCCUUUUUUAGGACUAAUGGGCGAGCGGCCGGCCUUUGAUGCCAAUGCGUUGCGCGCUAGAGGUGAACCAUUUCCGCCCGAGCCAAUUUUUCGUGAGGCCCUUAGGGGGCUGUCGUCGGGCGUAAUGGCCGCCGCCCAUCAGUCUGGCAAACUAAAAGAUCGUUACACAUGCAAAUUCUGUGGCAAGGUAUUUCCACGAUCGGCUAACUUAACACGCCACCUCAGGACGCAUACGGGAGAACAACCCUACACCUGCAAGUACUGCGAUAGGGCCUUUAGCAUAUCCUCUAACCUGCAAAGGCAUGUGCGCAAUAUACACAACAAAGAGAGGCCUUUCCGCUGCCAUUUGUGCGACCGAUGCUUUGGCCAGCAGACAAACCUGGAUCGCCAUCUCAAAAAGCAUGAGGCCGAAUCCACCGGUUUGGCCAUCAGCGAUUCACCCUCCUCGAAUGAGGCCGAUCGUGAUGAUUCGUAUUUCGAUGAAAUACGCAACUUCAUGGAUCGGGUUACCUACAAUGAGGAGCUGUACACACCCACCAGCAUGGGCAAUGGCGAGAAUGACACCGACUACAAUGGCAGUGAGGGAGAAAACGAGCUUUCGGUCUCCAGACCUUCGUCGGCAGAACCACAGACAGGUGAAGGCAAGGCACUGGGUCAGCAGCAUGAUGCCUCGGCUGAGGAGGAGCAAUAGACACAGCGAUGAAUGAAUGACGAACAGGAAGUCAUAUAACUAACACCCCAUGAUCUGAAACAACUUCAUCAUCGACACCACCACCACCACCUUCUUGUGCUUGCAUGAUUAAUUGCCAGUGGCCAACACGCCCCCACACAAGUUGAUGGAAUUGUAAAUUCUAAUCGACGCAUUGAUCAGAAUUGGAAGAUCAUUAAUAAUGAGUUUGCGUGAGUGUAAGAGUAAAUGAUGGCAAGACAUGUGUAUAUAGGUCACUCCAUAAACCAGGCGAUACUUCAAAAAAAAGCCAACAGUUGGCCAUUAACAUUUUGCAGAAAAUAAUUUUGAAUUUAAAUAUCAUGGCAUUUAUGGUGGAGUCACCCAUAGGCUAAUAAGCUCGCCUGCCAGUGUGUUUUCUGUACAUAUGUACUAAUUGUAGUGUUAAGCAUUUUGAAUUAGACAACAACAACAACAACUUUUUUAAUACUUAA